AUAUGGCGAGGACUAUUGGCAAUGUUCUCUCAGUCUCACUUUUUUGGCCAUAUCUGUUAGUUUUAUUCGACUGGGUGGAAUUCUCACUCUCUAACGAGGUUCCUGUAGUUGGACCGUGUUGGAACGUUUCUUGUGGCGAUAGUUAUGAUCCGUAUUCUCCGCUAAUUCGUUGUGAUUAUCUAAGUCCUGAGUAUAUUGAAUGUGAAGAUCCUGUGGACCAUAAUGGAAAUGCCACUGCUAAAGAAGAAUUGGGAUAUGGCUGUGUUGAGUAUGGUAAUGAAGCAUAUGAAGAUGUUGAAUUCACUUCAGUUAGGUGCCAUGCAUUAAAUGGUAUUGAAUGUUAUGGUACAAGGACAUUUUUAAGGGACGGUGUCCCAUGCAUAAAAUAUACAAAUCACUAUUUCCUGCCAACAUUGCUGUUUUCUGUUCUUCUUGGUUUUCUUGGUGUGGAUAGGUUUUGUCUCGGUCAUACUGGGACGGCUGUUGGCAAACUACUAACACUGGGAGGACUUGGUAUAUGGUGGGUUGUUGAUAUCAUUCUUUUAGUUACAGGCGGACUUUUACCUGAAGAUGGCAGUAAUUGGUGUCCCUAUUAUUGACAGUACUUGAUGAAUACACUGCUUUAUUGGCAGUCAUUGGAGCCAUCUCUAUUUGCACAAAGUUUCAAUUAUUCUCAAGUUUUAAUGAGUUAUUAAGAUUAUGAAAGAUCUGCUAACACAUGGUGUUGUGUACAGGACUGAUUACCAAAUUAUUCCAGUGUCUACAUCAAUGAAAUCAACUACUUGUCUUAGACAUUCAUUGCUAUACAUUUAGAUGCAGGUAUAGCAAAUAAUGACUAAUGCCGUAAACAUAUGUUGACUACCGAUAAUUUGAGUUAUUGUCGCUGUGUUCCUGGAAACAAUCUGUGAAAAUAAAUUACAUGCAACAAACCAAAAUGUGGUUUUCAGUCAAAAUAAAUUCAUGUACAAUUGGAGUGUUGGACUAGA